CUUUGAGUUGCCACCUGCAUUGACCCAGAGUGAGUAAAAAAAAAAUCAAGUGUACUGUUUUCCUGCUCACAAAAGGAGGAAAUGAAAGUGCAGAGAUAGCUUCUGGGGCCCCGCCGGUGGCAGCUGUUGUCGAGCCAGUGAGACUUUGAUUGAGGGGGGUGCGAGUUAAUAAGUAACCAAGCAGAGGUGCAACCUUCGGCAGUCAAGUCACAAGGAGCAGCAAAGAUCACCGCUUGAUCAUUUGUGUUUUGGAUAUUAAACCUACGAGUGGAGCGACUAUGACUGACCCAAACGUCCCGUCGUCCGGCUCCGCAUCCAAGCUGGAGAACGUGCAAGGGCAAGUGAACGAGGUAAAAGUCAUUCUAAAGGACAACAUCGAUAAAGUGUUGGAGCGAGGAGACCGGUUGGACGACUUGAUCGGCAAGACUGGGGACCUGCAGGCGUCGGCCGACUCGUUCCAAAAAACCUCCACGCGGGUGGCCAGGAAGUAUUGGUGGAAAAACAUCAAAAUGCUCAUCAUUAUCGGCGUCAUCGUGGUCAUCAUCUUCGUCCUCAUCAUACUCGCCGCGACCAACGUUAUAUAAUUGGCUGUUUGAGAGCAAUUUAAAGCCUGUUUUAAGACUAAUUAUUCAAUCACCUUGCAUCUUAAGCAAGCAACUUCUGCAUUUGGCAAAAACGAGUGAAAGCGCUUCCUUCCGGCACGUGUGAAUGACGAAACGCUUAAACUGGGGAUUGGAACAAAGCACCCGUAGGACCUUUCAACAUCUCCAAUGGUUUUUUUUUUUUUGGUACAAAAGCUAUCAAUGUUGACACUGUCUUUGUGCUUACCACGGGAAUUGUUUGCGUUACACUCCUGCCACUACUCACAAAAAAAUAAUUUUGUUCCACAGAAAUCCAAACAAGUGUUUUAAUGUUUUUACCACGCUUACAUUGAAUACAUUAUGUCGGUGUAUAUACGAAUGUUGUAUAGUCUAAUGAACACAUUGUGAUAAAUGUGCAUCUACAACUGUAAAUAAGUGUAACUAAAAAUAAAGCCAUUCACAACA